GAAAUGUGAUUCGAUCGCUCGAUUACUCCUUAGUAAGAUAGAGGAUCACACAAAAAAAUCUCAUCUAAACAAGUACUGUACAUGUUACAAGUCUUCUUUGACUGCCCCUAUCCCGCCCACUCCCGACCUCCUCCCGCAACCCGCAAUCCACAGUAUGUACACCACAAAAACGAAAUCUCAAUAAGAUAUACUCCAAACACGCACCACGAAAACACAAGAACGAACAAGACAAAACGUAGCAAGACCAAGACAGACCGCGGACCCGACGAGCCCCUAUUAUUCCUCCACGCUGUUCGUAGCCUUCCUGGCGCGGACGCAACCUCGAUCACUCCGCCGAUUGACGAUCCUGAUCGCCGCCAUUGAAUUGAACCCAAGGCCCACCCUCAUGCGCCAAAACCGCUGACCCCGACCCGACACCCAGUCGGUAUUGAAUGCGCCUCCUGAAGACUGACGCCAUCCCACACAUCGAUUCCAAUACCCAGUGACGCAGCACGGACACGGGCAGAUAACGGAUGACGGAACGGGGGUGAGACAGGAGACAGGAGACAGGAGCCCCGUUCACAGACCAACCCGUCAGGAGAACGUCGACGCUAGAGCAGAUCCAAUAAUAGAGUUGUGUUCACAGCAGGGUUCAGGGUACCACAGCAUCGUCGCUUCCGAUCAACGAGAACGGGCCGUGCGUGAAUCUGAGCCACACGGCGUUCACAGAAGACAAGACGGACACGAAAAAUGGAAGACAGGUGAGAGGAUGAUGAAAGGAACAGGGUGACUUGCUCGCAAGGGCCCGAACAUGCUUUUGAUGCUGAUAUCGAUGCUUCUGCUAAAA